GAGAGAGUAGGGAACUUGAUAUAUGAUUUCUACUUAGCCGAUAGAGGUAUUUCUGUGCAAUGGAUAUCUCACGCUAGAUUCAACCCUCGAUUCCUGUACUAAAAUAAGCUUCACGCUUGCGAGAGACGUUCUCAUCUCCAUUUUUCUUUUUCGAAUAUAACAUUGUUCACUACCAAAACCACCAGGCCUGCCUUCAUGCGGCCCACGAAAUCUAGAAAAAAUGGUAACGAAGCGAACAGGGGGCAGUCAGCUAACUACCAUCAUCGACCUCGUGUAGACUGUCUCCUCUUAACUUUAUCCCUCGUGGCUCGUUCGCUCUUCACCCCCUCCCUCCAUCCUCUAUCGCCACCGAAACAAUGACAGUCAGGAGCGUUGUUACGCCUUCAGAGUCGGUGCUGGCGCCGCGCUUGACGGCUGCCUUACCACUGCCUUCCGUAACUUCUUCAUGAGUCACUCGACAGAUAUGUGUGCCAACAAUUACAUGCCGGAGCGCAUCCGUGAAUAUCUCAUCAGGUACCGUUUCGGGGCGGUUGCUGGAGCAAACAAUCCGUUGUUCGACCUUCUCCGGGAUCUGACUAUGCAGAACGACUCUGGCGCCCCCAUUGACCCUACCCAGCGUCUAUAUAGGUACCCUUGUGGUGGUUGAUAACUGCAAAAAGUAUUUCGCGGAGACUGCUAAGGUCUGCCGGAGCCUCGACAGGGAGAACAUUGAAG